AGUUCAGUUAGCUACAUGUGGGGGAGAAGAGACAGCGCUGGGAAACAUACUGGACUUCAAUGACAAGGAACUUUUUCAGCAUUCUGACAUUGCUAUAACAGUAUGGUCUACAACAGUAUCUUAUGAUCCGCACCUGAAUUUGUGAAGGAAUUAGGCAAACUAUUGGCUAGCAUAUUGAGUCCUCAAAACUUCGGUAUUUGUUGCAUAGUAAUUCACUGACUGGUAACUAUCGGCUACUGGGAAAUCGGCGACUUGGAGAGGAACCAAAAGAUCAAUGAGCGUUAUCUCACUCACAGAGGCCAUGUGCACCAACUCUCACUCAUGAAGACAAUGAUCCUGUCUGCAAUGUUGCCAUUCCUGGUGCAUAUUGUCAUCAUCUCCCACAGUGCUGUGUUGGUGGAGCCUGUGGAAGUAUCCCCCCAUGGAGACCUUCUAGACCUCCCCUGGCAGACAGGGCUCUGCUGUUCCUCAACCCCAGCCCAACUUUACCACGGAGGAGAGGAAGAAGACAGGGGGUCUGCACCAUCUGAUACGGGGCACCCACACACCCUUCAGUGCCUCUUCAGGAACUUCACAAGCACACUAGGACCUCACCCAGAGACUGAACCCAGCAGAGCCACCUGUUGGGACAUCCUGUGCCGUGUUGAUGAGACCUGGGAUAAUGUAAUAUGUGAUCUAAAGCACCCAGCCACUUCCUCAGACACCUCCAUUCCUGGGUCAGUGGCACUUAGCUUGCAGCACUUAACAACACUGCCUAACAUUGAGGUUAACUCCACACAUGGGACUGACUGUGUGGGAGAGGAUUCCAUCACCUGUUCUAUUGCUCUCCAUGUGGUCAGCAGUAUCGUCGUGGUGACAGCCAAUGUGUCCAACACCACAGCAGGUCCCCUGGUGAUGCUCAGCGUCCCUCCAAGGACGUCUCAGCGUCUCUGGAAACCAAGCCCACCACUGAACCUAACACACACUCAGACCACAGAGGGAGAGUUGAUUCUGAGCUGGAGUGACCCACAGCCCCAUGCCAGCCCUGUCCAACUGAGCUAUGAGGUCCGAUACAAUACCUCUCAAAGUACCUCUCACCCCAACUGGCUGCACGUGGAUGUGUCUGGAGCCCAGUGGUUGUCUCUGACUGGACUGAGGCCUGGUCUGCAAUACACUCUCCAGAUCCGGUCUCACCACCCUGCUCUGCCUCACCUGUGGAGUGACUGGAGCCAGCAAUAUCGUAUCCGUCUGGAAAAUGUGACAUAUCUCCCUGAGAGAGUGGUGGCCAGCUUUGGAGACAGCGUGACCGUCUAUUGCGUGUGCAAUGACCUCCGGGUGAACGCCAGCACCGUGGUCUGGAUUCUGAACUCCCGUGACCGCCUUCCUAAGAGUCAGUACACUGCAGUCAACGACCGUGUCAGUAAGAUAACGGUUCGACCAUCGGAGCAGAGACUGUCUGACACCCUGCAUUGCUGCCAGCCUUUUGGGGAGACGUAUAGCUGUAACUACCACUACUCAACGAUCUACAUUAAAGAUCCGGUCAUUGAUAUCAGCUGUGUGACCAGUGGGGAUCUGGACAGUAUGACCUGUAGGUGGAACAACCUACCUAUAGGUGGAAUCAACUUCAUGUCCAGGGUGGCCGACCUGUCCUGUGACGUCAUGGAGGAGGCGGAGAGGGUGGGUGUGCCAGUGGGUGUGGUCAGGCAGGCGAAGUGUGAGUCCAGCGGCUAUAGGGGAGUGAAGAGCUGCAAUCUGCAGCCAAUAAGAGUGACUUCCUGCUACAAGCUGUGGAUGGAGGCCAAGACGGACAACAGCACGAGGUCACAUCCUGUCUACAUCACACCUAUGGAUCACGUGAAGCCCCAUCCUCCCUCAGGCCUUGAGGCAGUGAGCAUGCCCAGUGGGGUCCUAAAGCUGGCGUGGGUGCCCCCAGAACUGCCCAUCUAUGAUAUGCAGUACCAGGUCCGCUAUGCCCUCUCAACUGGCAGGGCCCAUCCAUUCUGGCAGGUCCUAGCUCUGCAGACUGAGUCGUGGGCUGAGGUCCUUGAACCAGAUGUGUGUGGGGUGUACAAUGUGCAGGUCCGCUGUAUGCACAUCAACGGCUCCGGGACCUGGAGUGACUGGAGUCACUUGCUCUACACCAGCACUCACAACAGCAGAGCUCCUGACCAGGGUCCUGAUUUCUGGCGAGUGUUUCAGGAGGAUCCAGCAAGUACGCAGACGAACGUCACUCUUCUCUUCGAGCAUUCCCCCAUUGUGGAGCCAACCUACUGUGUGGAGGAACUUGUAGUACAGCACCAGGGCUCUGGGGGCACUGUUACUGAGGAGAGAAUAGGCCUGGUGUCAUCCUAUAGCUUUGAGUGGAGAGGGGAGGUCCACUCUGUGACGGUCAAGGCUCAGAACAGCCAGGGCUCUUCCACUAGGAACACCCACAUGACCCUGGAUAGACACCCCAAACGUCAGUGUGUGCGUUCGUUCAGUGCGUCCCGUGUGAACAGUAGUUGUGUGGUCCUGUUGUGGUCUCUGCAGCCCAACAGCAGUGUACCGUGGUCCCUGGUCGUAGAGUGGUCGGGUCAGAACCACCAGGACAGGCCGGACCAGACCCCAGAGAGCAGGGAGAGGUGGACCAGGUUUCCCCCUACUGACAAGCUCCUCUACCUAUAUGGUCAUUUCUAUGACACUGAUGAGUACGAGUUUAUUUUGUAUCCAGUGUUCGCGGAUGGAGAAGGAGAGCCAGUGUAUACUAAAGUCUUUAGGGGGAGUGAUGCUGGGCCUGCUGCCUACAUGCUUCUGAUGAUCAUCGCCUUCCUCUCCAUUGUCCUCUUUGUCACCCUGGUCAUAUCCCAAAACCACAUGAAGAAGUUUAUGUGGAAAGAUGUUCCCAACCCCAACAACUGUUCUUGGGCUCAGGGGAUUGACUUCGGGAAGGCUGACACUAUGGAGCAGUUGUUCCGCCACCCAGAGGGCCUACCAGCCUGGCCACUACUCCUCGUCUCAGAGACCAUCUCCCAGGCCACCAUCAUGGAGAAGACUGGGCCCCCUACGUCAGGCUCAGACAAGGAUCUGAUCCCAGCCUCCUCCCCAGCUCUCUGUGUGGACUCAGAGGUGCCUGGGCUCCCAGAGGAGGAGGAGGAGAGCCUCCAACUCCCAGAUCUCCCCAGGAGUUUGGAGAGCUCAGCCCAGCCGUCAGUGACCUACGCCACAGUGCUUCUCUCUGACAACCCCCACCACCUCUACAAGCAAGAGGGCAGCCUCAGCAGUUCCAGCGACGAGGGCAACUUCUCAGGCAACAACUCCGACAUCUCGGGCUCCUUCCCCGGAGGCCUGUGGGAGCUGGAGAUCUCCCAUUCCGGAGUCGGAGAGUCGGACCUGGACCCACGGCGUUCCUGCUCUUACAACUCUGUCGAGGAGUUUUCCGAGACUUCAGAGCAGGAGGAUGAGGCCCUGGGAGGAGAGAGGGAUGGGGGGAUAGAGGUAAUUAAGGAGAAGGACCUGUAUUACCUGGGGAUGGACUGUCAGGAGGAGAGUGAGGAGGAGGAGGAGGAGGAAGACACAAGGGCUAUGCUUUUCAAAGAGGUGAUGGUUCUGGGGAGAGGGGGCUCGUCCGUUGAGUCCAUCCCUUUGCUCGGGAGUCAGGACUCUAUGUUUAGUGAGUACAGUGACGAGGGGUCGGUGGUAGGGAUGAGGAGUGUCCCCCUCUACCUCCCCCAGUUCAGAACUGCUCCCUCCAGUCCACUCAAAGCACAGGACAGCGCCCACCAGCUGUAAGAGCUGAUAGUGCUUCAUGUACUGAUUCAGUCUGAUGCUGCUGUUUAGUCCCUCAGGAGGGAGAGAACUCAGGAGAGACACAGACAAUGACCUGUGGCUGGUGUUCAGUCAGUGAUAGGCUCAUCUAUCUGUGGAGGGCAUUUACAGAACCUUAGCUGUUUUUAGAUGGCACACUAUUCCCAGUAUAGUACACUUAGAUCCCUAUGGGCCCUGGGCAAAAGUUGUGCACUUAUAUUGGACAUUUAGAAUAUGGGGAAAAGGCGUCCAAGGGUGCGAGGCAUCCUAGAUGCUAAGCCUCUGCCCACUUUCUAAGUAAUAGGAUGCCAUUUUAUAAGCACAUUCUCUCCGUCUACAGUGCUACUGUUCAGUCCACAGGAAGCCAGCUCUGUCACAUCUCGGAGAGAGGAGAGCAGAGGGGUGGAGGCUCCUUCAUUCAGUGCUGCACACUUUCAGGAACUAUUAUGCUGGGAUGAAUUUAAUUUCAAAAAAUAGAAAAAAGGAAAAUAAAGGCCUAUCUCCUGAAAAGGUCUAUUUUCUUUCCGAUGGCUGCUCUGAGCUCGAUAGACUGUACAGCAUAAACACAUGAUGGGAUGGUGUCUCAAAGCAGGUGUUAUUGAAUGGUUGGACUCUGGUGGAUGUUGGAUUUGGAUGCUUUUGGAACACUUAUUGUAACAGUUGUGGAGAAUUGCCUUUUAGAUCUGCAUUUGCAUUGACUGAGCCCUCAAAAAAAUAUAUAUAUAUUUUCUUCGUUGUAUAUGUACUGUAUUUGAAACUUCUUUACGAUAUGUAAAGAUGUGCCAUCUAGUUUCAUUGCGUGCCUUUUUCUAUUGAAAAAGCUGUUGCUACUGUAGGUGUAUACAUGAUAAAAGAAUGUACAUUUUGACACCAAUGAAAAAAAUGAAAAAUACCAGAGUGAUAUGUAAUCCUUGUCAAGAUCUUGUGUCGUUUUCGUGGUCACAAUAAAAUCUUUAUUGCCACGACUGUUGACUCAUUAAGAAAUGGUUGAGUUGAAGGUGGUCCAUGCUGAGAAAGAUCCCAUCUAAAGGUGUUUUCUCUUUCACCAUUACCGAGGCCAUCAGUCACUCAGACAGGUUCGGGUUGCAGACAGACAGUACUGGGAGACCCAUGAGCUGCCACCGUGAACCAUUAUUUUGUGCUAUAUAUCGACUUGGUUUUCUUGAGGGUGGGAGAAUACAGUUGCUGUCUGCUGUGACACAGAUUACAUACUGAGUUUCUGCCUGCUGUGACACAGAUUACAUACUGAGUUUCUGCCUGCUGUGACACAGAUUACAUACUGAGUUUCUGCCUGCUGUGACACAGAUUACAUACUGAGUUCCUGCCUGCUGUGACACAGAUUACAUACUGAGUUCCUGCCUGCUGUGACACAGAUUACAUACUGAGUUUCUGCCUGCUGUGACACAGAUUACAUACUGAGUUCCUGCCUGCUGUGACACAGAUUACAUACUGAGUUCCUGCCUGCUGUGACAGAUUACAUACUGAGUUUCUGCCUGCUGUGACACAGAUUACAUACUGAGUUCCUGCCUGCUGUGACACAGAUUACAUACUGAGUUCCUGCCUGCUGUGACACAGAUUACAUACUGAGUUCCUGCCUGCUGUGACAGAUUACAUACUGAGUUCCUGCCUGCUGUGACACAGAUUACAUACUGAGUUUCUGCCUGCUGUGACACAGAUUACAUGCUGAGUUCCUGCCUGCUGUGACACAGAUUACAUACUGAGUUCCUGCCUGCUGUGACACAGAUUACAUACUGAGUUCCUGCCUGCUGUGACACAGAUUACAUACUGAGUUUCUGCCUGCUGUGACACAGAUUACAUGCUGAGUUCCUGCCUGCUGUGACACAGAUUACAUAUUGAGUUGCUGCCUGCUGUGAUACAGAUUAGUCAUGUCGCUAGGAAGGGACCUGGGUUAAUUAAGCAUGGCUUCACAGCAGAAGACAACCUUAUUUACCAUUGAGAACAUAAAGAUCACAGCUGCUCUCACCUCGCUGGAGGUAGGCUAUAAGCCAAACAACCACACCCACCUGGUCCAUUAAUACAUGUUCCUGGUUGUCCCAUUCAGAAUGGUCAGAAUUUAGAUGAAAGUAGAACAAGAAUAGCCUGGUCCCAAACCUGUUUGCUAUCGUUCCAACUACUUAGCAUGAUGCAACCAACAGAUUGAUACCCAGGCUAGAAGAAGACCGCUCAUAUAUAGAAUGUGCUGAAACAUCAUAGAUUGGCAUGGACAUCAUGUGAGAAACUGACAUACUGUAUCUAUAUUCUGAAAGGGUUUGGGAAUGGCGGAAAAUGUGAUCCCAUGGGAUAAUAUAAGAAAUCAGAAGUGGGAUAUUUGCAUAAUUUGUAAUUGAGAGCAGGGUUUCUUAAACUAUGUUUUGGGAGCCGAAGUGUGCCCUGAGCAUGUGAGAGGUGGGUCGGGUUAUGAGUAAACAUUUAUGUUUCUUAAUUAGGGUCGUGUGGAGACGGUACAUUUCUCAUUUGAGUCUCGAGGUGAAAAAGCUUAAGAACCUCUGGGUUAGUAUUAUUUCCAGUGUACUGUAGCAGAACUACCAGGAGAGGGUGCUCUAUCAACAUCUUACUGUAACAUCUCCUCUUAGUGUUUGAUUUGGCUGUAACCAUGCUGGGGGGGGGGAGCAUAGAGCAGCCUAGGCUGGUGACUAGACUUAAUUGUGUUUUCGCUGGUGACCAGCCUUUGUUGUGCUUUCGCUGGUGACCAGCCUUUGUUGUGCUUUCGCUGGUGACCAGCCUUUGUUGUGCUUUUGCUGGUGACCAGCCGUUGUCGUGUUUUCGCUGGUGUGUCUUCGCUGGUGACCAGCCUUCAUUGUGUUUUCGCAGGCCUUUGUUAUGUUUUCGCUGGUGACCAGCCUCUGUUGCGUUUUUUUGCUGGUGACCAGCCUCUGUUGCGUUUUUCGCUGGUGACCAGCCUCUGUUGCGUUUUUUUGCUGGUGACCAGCCUCUGUUGCGUUUUUUUGCUGGUGACCAGCCUCUGUUGCGUUUUUCGCUGGUGACCAGCCUCUGUUGCGUUUUUCGCUGGUGACCAGCCUCUGUUGCGUUUUUCGCUGGUGACCAGCCUCUUGUUGUAUUUUCGCUCUUGGGUUUUCACUGGGGGCCAGCCAUUGUUGUGUUUUCGUUGUUUACACUUGUGGCUAGCCUUUUGUGUUUUUGCUGGUGACCAGCCUCUGUUGCGUUUUCGCUGGUGACCAGCCUCUGUUGUAUUUUCGCUCUUGGGUUUUCACUGGGGGCCAGCCAUUGUUGUGUUUUCGUUGUUUACACUUGUGGCUAGCCUUUUGUGUUUUUGCUGGUGACCAGCCUCUGUUGCGUUUUUCGCUGGUGACCAGUCUCUGUUGCGUUUUCGCUGGUGACCAGCCACUGUUGUGUUUUCCCGGUUGCGUUUUCGCUGGUGGCCAGCCUUUGUUGCGUUUUUGUUGGUGACCAGCCUUUGUUGUAUUUUCGCUCUUGUGUUUUCGCUAGUGGCCAGCCAUUGUUGUGUUUUUUCAUUGUUUACACUUGUGGCUAGCCUUUUCUGUUUUCGCUGGUGGCCAGACUGUUGUGUUUUCUCUGGUGGCCAGACUUUGUUGUGUUUUCGCUGGUGGCCAGACUGUUGUGUUUUCUCUGGUGGCCAGACUUUGUUGUGUUUUCGCUGGUGGCCAGACUGUUGUGUUUUCUCUGGUGGCCAGACUUUGUUGUGUUUUCGCUGGUGGCCAGACUGUUGUGUUUUCUCUGGUGGCCAGACUUUGUUGUGUUUUCGCUGGUGGCCAAACAUGGUUGCGUUUUUGCAGGUGGCCAGCCUUGUUUGAAUUUUGCAGGUGGCCAGCCUUCGCUGUGUUUUGGACACACAAACUAGUCACCAGCAUACCAAUAUAUGCUGGUUACCUGCAAAACCAGCAUCAAGUCACAUUAUGCAGGCCUUCAAAGUGAUAUCUGAUUCCAAUUGCAAUCCACCCUAACUGGGGAUAUGUGAAUAUUAUAACUUUAAUUCACCCACAAUCUGCAUUCACAAUGACUGCCAGGGUUAGAAAGAUUAAUACAUUAGACUACAUAAAAUAUCCAAAUUAGAACAACCAUUUCAGUAACGGAUGCAAUAAGUCCAACUAACAGAUUUCAUUUGUUUUGAAAAAAUCUAUUCUAUGUAUCUUUGUGUAGCAUGAAAGGUGAAAUAAAUACAAUUGUGUAAA